AAAUGCCAUCUAGAUCGAUGAUACUGUCACUGCUAGUCCGUUAGUGCCAUACUCCCAGGUAUCUAUCUGUUGAUCGAUCUAGCUAUCGGUGUACUUAUAGGAAGCAGGAGAGCAGGAAGAAGACAACCACGCCGAUGUGCGCACAUACUGACGACGCCUCAGAAGAGCAUUAAAGCUUCUUCUCCUUCAAAAUCCUAGGCGGCUACGAAACUCAGGCGGCUGAUAUCGAUGGCGUCUUGCUGCUGCUGGCAGAAGAAACCUUGCCCAAUCAUUGCCACCUUCGUCUCUUUCCUCCUCAUCCCCAUUCUCGUCUCCUCCUCGGCCUCCGCGACUGGCGGAGCUGGCAAUGGCAGCACGACGGCGCAGGUGCUGCUCCGCUCCGGCGAGGAGGAGCUUAGGUUCCAUCAGAUGAAGGCCCAGCUUGCCAAGGUCAGGGAAGCCUCCGUCAAGACGAUUCAGAGUCCUGACGGCGACGUCAUAGACUGCGUGCCUUCUCACCUGCAACCCGCGUUCGACCAUCCCAAGCUGAGAGGGCAGAAACCGGCGGACGAGCCCGCCGCGCGGCCAGGGAAUGGCGAUGCUGAACUGGUGGGUGCCGACGACGAGGCUUUGCCGCAGACGUGGAGGAGCUCCGGCGAGUGGUGUCCGGAGGGCACGAUACCGGUGAGGCGGACGACGGAGGGCGAUCUGCUCAGGGCCAGCUCCGUUGGGAGGUUCGGGAUGAAGCCCCAGACCCAGAGCGCCGCCGUGCGGAGGGACUCCACCAGCAACGGCCAUGAGCACGCGGUGGGGUACGUUACCGGCGGUCAGUUCUACGGCGCGAAGGCGAGCCUGAACGUGUGGCCGGCGCAGGUGUCCUCGCCGGCUGAGUUCAGCCUGUCCCAGAUCUGGGUCAUCUCCGGCUCCUUCGGCAACGACCUCAACACCAUUGAAGCGGGAUGGCAGGUAAGCCCUGAGCUAUACGGGGACAACAGCCCAAGGUUCUUCACCUACUGGACCAACGACGCGUACCAGGAGACGGGGUGCUACAACCUGCACUGCGCGGGCUUCGUGCAGACCAACAGCCGCGUGGCGAUCGGCGCCGCCAUCUCGCCGGUGUCGGCCUACGGCGGCCACCAGUUCGACAUCACGCUCCUCAUCUGGAAGGACCCGAAGCAGGGCCACUGGUGGCUGCAGCUGGGCCCGUCGGGCGCGCUGGUCGGGUACUGGCCGUCGUCCCUCUUCACCCACCUGGGCUCCCGCGGCCGCGGAGGCGCCGACAUGGUGCAGUUCGGCGGCGAGGCGGUGAACACGCGGCCGUCAGGGUCGCACACGCCCACGCAGAUGGGCAGCGGGAGGUUCCCCGGGGAAGGGUACGGCCGCGCCGCCUACUUCCGCAACGUGCAGGUGGUGGACUGGGACAAUAACCUUAUACCGGCGGCGGGGCUCCGGCUCCUCGCCGAUCACCCAGGGUGCUACGACAUCGCCGGCGGCCAGGGCGGCAAGUGGGGCAGCUAUUUUUACUACGGCGGGCCAGGCAGGAACGUCCGGUGCCCCUAGGACGGGUACAAACUGAUGUUGUUACAUAGGCAAAACGAUAAUUCCAGCAAAUAUAUAUCACAAAAAAGAGGGUUCUAAAUAUAUUUUCGAGACCGGCUACAUUGUG